AUGACUCUCUCUGCCAACCCAGACGCAGCCCUAUCCCCAACAUGGCGUCCACCAAAGUCACCGUUGCCGCCCCAUCGACUCGCAAAGCUUGCCAAUGCUCUGGGCGUAUCAACCCCCGUCCCAGCCAAUGCUUUCUCCUUGUCUCGCUCGUUUUCAGAUUCAUCUGGGCCAAUGGAUCAAUUCCGACGUUCCCCAACCCCCUUCAGACGCUCUCCAACUCCCUCAACGGCAACUUCAUCCGUUGGCUUCUAUUCUCCGUCUACCUCAAAAUUUAUGCUUCAUGUCAUUCCCCCCUUGCAUCUUCCCCAUGAUUCUGACGCCUUAGAUGAUGAUUCUGACAUGACACCACCACCAGCAAGUGCUUCAGGAUACCACACCCAAUUCCGACGUGGAACCUUGGUGCCUCUAUAUUCCAACUUUCAAGCCCAACUAGGCGCAAUCGCAAAGGAGUAUGCAUUGCCAAGCACCGUCGGCCUGAUCCUUUACCUGGUGACUACAACCCAGUUUCAACCAACGUCUCCAGGGGCCACCCCAACCGAGGAGCCAGGACCGCGACUUUCCGAAGACAUUUGGAAACAUAUUUUGGCUCGAGUUCUUCAAGAAGAACAGCGAGAGGAGGCGUUGUUGCCCUCCCCAAAUUUAAAUCCUCGUUUGCUAGGACUGGGAGUCGGAGCCCGAUCAACCCCAUAUCUUCCGCAAGAAAGUGCAGGCCAUCUGCGACCUUUCUUGUCCUCGCCAGGUGGAGUGGAACCAAUCCAACCACAACCUACCUACCCCUUCACGCCAGCACCGUCAACGCCGUCUUCAGCUUCAGACAUCCGCUCAAGUUCAAAAUCAGCUCCCCCUUCGUCCAUGUCCGACGAGCCUGGGACCCCAGACACGUCUGUUGGAGGUUCUGCUGUUCGUGCGGACUCUUUUGACCUACCUGGCUUACACUCCCCAUCCUUGAUACCUAUUUUGGCCAAGGUCGAAUUUGACAUUGAUCGUCGUAGAGCUGGGUGGUACGAACCUUGGUUAAGGAGUAGAAAAGCCAAUCACGCGAAACGAGCGGGAAGCAGGGCAAGUGGCGAGAGAAGUAAAAGCCAGGAUGACGAAGAAAGUCACGGACGGACGCCACAGAUUCGUUUGCUGAUUGGCAGGAAACAGACUGCCAGCCCUAUCUCAUUGAAUGCGUCGCUCGCAAACGAUAAUGCAGAAGAAGAGGUCGUAGAUGAUGCAUACGAACCGUUGCCAGAAGCGUCAGAUCAAGAGGAUGAGGAAGAUGAAGAUGUUGCUGAGGAUGCAACUGCGCGAGUUUCAUCGUUGAUUGGAGGAAAGGAUCCGCUGGAAGAUGUGUUUGGGAGCGAUCCUGAUACAUGGGCAGACAUACACAGCGAAAGUAACCAUAACACGCGUGAUUCCAAUCUGAAUAUCACCAAUUUAGCUCUCACAGGAGCAGAUCUAUCUACCAUAUCCGACCUGGAAGAUGAACGCAUUGCUGGAAGGGAGGAGGAUGAAGUUGAGGCAUUGUUGGAGCAGAUGUCUCGACCCAAUCUCGCCAUCUCUAUCCCUGGUUCCCCUCAACUGAACCAGAAGCGGUCGUCAUCGCCUUCAACUCAAAGCUCUAGCCGCAGACAUGUUCCACCUCCUUUGGUCUUAGCCCCUCAAAACCAGCCCACCAUCCUACAAGAGCCCACGCCCGUUCUGGAGAGCUCAGGCAGCGAUACUAAUCUCGCAUAUUUAGAAAGCUCUUCCCCAGAAAUUUCGGAUCAUGAUCUCGAGGAAGAGUUUGAUGAGUAUACUACCCGUGUUCGGAGUCCGGCAGAGUCGGUAAAGAGGGGUGGUGCAGUCUUUGGUGACCUUGAUCUAGGUUUGGACCCUAGCGAGGAUUUCGACGACAGCGACCCUCAUGAUCGACGUCGAAGUCAGUAUCUAAUGAGGGCUCAAUUGGACGAGAUCGAACGGACACUAGCGCAGCUAUCUCCUAGAAUCCUAAAGGCUGAUCUUGAAGAAGAACAUAAUCAAAGUUUCCACUCAGCGACAUUCUCCCCAAAGGCACCUUCCCUGACGUUAUCUCCCGGAGGGAACACGCGAAACUCUGAUUUCUUCCCUGCGUCUCCGCGAUUGCCCAAGCAUCCUGACCCACCAUCACCUCCUUCGAAUGCUUCAUGGCCAGCUGUCCCAUUUUCAUCGAUCAAAGAGAAGCCUGAGCAAGGUUCAGCUCCAGUGAAUGGACCCCCUUCGCCUCCUCAGUUGGCUGUCAAUGGCAUUACAACGUCUGCCCCUAGGUCAUAUGUUCAUCGAGUACCUACAGAUCAGCCUUCGGCGGAAUCAGAGUUCCGCAGGCGAGAGCUCGAAGAGGAACAAUCUUUGUAUCCCCCACAGUCUGCACGCAGCGCAGACUCUUCUACAUCGUCGCCAGUCAUUCCCCUGUCUCCUGAUCCCUUUGGCAGAUAUCCUUCUACACCGGAUAUGGCGGGAGGCUCACGGCUGUCAGCAAACCAAUGGGAGUUUGUUAACAUGGGCCGUGAACUGGUGCCUCUUAGUACCGUAAUAGAAGACGUAGAACCACCACCACAGGUCCAAGGACGCGCUCGUUCAGGGACGACCAGCCGAUUUUCCGCUGACUCAUUUACUACUGAGGAGCCCGGGAAUACUGCGAAAUCCUCAAAUAGGGCAACACUCAUGUCUGUGAAAAGCAUAAAGAAGUUGUGGAGAAAGAGUAGUAACAAAGACAAAGACAAGGCGCCUCCGUCAGUCCCAGCGUCAUCAGCACCGUCCUCGGGCAGGGCAUCACCUCAACCUCCACCUCAGCGACCGGAGCGUCCCUCACAAGAGUACCAGGAGUUUCCUGAUGUUCCUGCACUUCCACCAACCCCGUUGUUUGGACGCUUUUCCCCUCAGCCGCCACCACCACCUUCCCAUCAUCCACACCCUUCUCAAGACCAUUUGCAUAUACAACAGCCCCGCUCGUCCCAGGAUUUACCCAUGCCCCCACGUAUUUCUCAGGAUCAAUUAGCUCCUCCACCUCAACCACCGCAGCAACUCUCUGUCCCCUUUCAGAGUAGAAAUUUCAAUGGGAACAAAGCUUCCCCAAUCGUACCCACACAAAUGCUACCCAGCAGAACUGGUUCAAAUCUUGAUCGUUUACACUUUGAUCAGGAAUCCCCAUAUCCCAUUCGGCCCAUCAGACAGUCACCACGACCUGCGUCACCACCCCCACUUCCACCUAUGCCAGACAAAGACAGGGUCGUCCGAAAGUCUAUACUGAAGUCGUGGAAAUCAUCAUCGUCAGGGAACGCGGCUCCACCAGUUGCCGAAUCUCGCUCAAGUAUUGAACAUCAAAACGGACCCCCUCGUGCUGGGGGACGAAGGCCAAGCAUUAUUGCAUCCUCGAGGACAUCAGUCACGUCUCCCGAUUUGCCACCCAGUCCACAGAUACCAGACCACUUUGUCAAUGGUAAGAAUGGGCCUCCAUCCGCAGACCAUCGCCAGUCGACGAGAUCAAGAUUAACGACGUCAUCGACCGACUCAUCGAAUUCUCCACCGGAAAGACAACGCUCCCUUGGCACAAGGUCGUCAUCACCAUCCAGAUCAAUGACUUCGUCUCGAUCCUCGCAAGAAACGCGUCCCAGCUUUGACGUUUCACAAUUCGAAGUCGUCUCGCCCAAGAUGAAUUCGACCCUUUCAUAUCCAUACCACGCACUUGAUCAUGAAACAGAUGGGCACGGGAACUGA